CAACCAACGCAAGCGCAAUAGAGUCAAGGUUUGCAUCACACACGUGCGGGGAAAGGGCACCUUAGUAUUUCUUUUUAAAAAAUUCAUUGAAACUCAAAAUGUUGGCAGCAAAAAACAUUACAGGGCAAUGCCUGAAGAAAAGCGUGGUUCUAAUCCAAGGAAAACAGCUAUCAGAAUUGCUAAAGAAUCCAGUUUAUAAGAAUUUACUGGGAGAACAUGGAUGGGUUCACAAAAGAUUCAGGUCCGAUAAGGUGAAAGGUCAUGUGAUCGGUAUAGAUUUGGGUACUACUAACUCCUGUGUGGCUCUCAUGGAAGGAAAAACCCCGAAAGUUCUCGAAAACUCAGAAGGAGCAAGAACUACACCUUCAGUAAUUGCAUUUACAAAAGAUGGAGAGCGAUUGGCUGGAAUGCCAGCCAAACGACAAGCUGUCACUAAUGCUGCUAAUACUUUCUCCGCUACUAAAAGAUUAAUUGGUCGUAAAUUUACCGAUCCAGAAGUACAGAAGGACAUGAAGAAUGUCUCUUAUAAAAUUGUAAAGGCAUCCAACGGAGAUGCUUGGUUAGAAUCUAAUGGUAAAGUUUAUUCCCCAUCUCAGAUUGGGGCUUUUGUUCUUAUGAAGAUGAAGGAAACUGCAGAGAGUUAUUUGGGUAGUAAUAUAAAGAAUGCUGUGGUCACUGUUCCAGCUUAUUUUAAUGAUUCACAGAGACAGGCUACUAAAGAUGCGGGUCAGAUAUCCGGGUUAAAUGUUUUACGUGUUAUAAAUGAACCAACAGCUGCUGCCUUGGCGUACGGAAUAGACAAAUCAGAAGACAAAUUAAUAGCUGUGUAUGAUUUAGGUGGCGGUACUUUUGAUAUUUCUAUACUUGAGAUACAGAAAGGUGUAUUUGAAGUCAAAUCGACCAAUGGUGACACUUUCCUUGGUGGUGAAGAUUUCGAUAAUUUAUUGGUUAAUUACUUGUCUGCAGAGUUUAAACGAGAUCAAGGACUUGACGUAUCAAAAGACAGUAUGGCCAUGCAGAGAUUACGUGAAGCUGCAGAAAAAGCUAAAAUAGAACUUUCAUCAUCGCUACAGACUGAUAUUAACCUACCUUAUCUUACCAUGGAUGCCAGCGGACCAAAACACAUGAAUUUAAAACUUUCUCGUUCAAAAUUUGAAUCUUUAGUGGAUAGUUUAAUAAAGAGAACGGUUGGACCGUGUCAGAAAGCGUUACAAGAUGCAGAAGUCAAGAAGUCUGAUAUCGGAGAAGUUAUAUUAGUUGGUGGCAUGACCAGAAUGCCAAAGGUUCAAUCAACAGUACAAGAUUUGUUUGGUCGUCAACCGAGUAAGUCGGUCAAUCCAGAUGAAGCUGUUGCUAUUGGUGCUGCUAUUCAGGGAGGUGUUUUAGCUGGAGAUGUAACAGAUGUAUUAUUAUUGGAUGUUACACCACUAUCUCUGGGUAUUGAAACAUUGGGUGGUGUCUUCACUAAACUUAUCAAACGUAACACCACUAUUCCUACCAAAAAAAGUCAGAUAUUUUCUACUGCCGCUGAUGGGCAGACACAGGUAGAGAUUAAAGUUAGUCAGGGUGAACGUGAAAUGGCCAAUGAUAAUAAACUCCUCGGACAGUUCUCAUUGGUUGGAAUUCCUCCAGCACCACGAGGUGUACCUCAGGUAGAAGUAACGUUUGAUAUUGAUGCUAAUGGAAUCGUCAACGUAUCGGCUAGAGAUAAGGGUACAGGAAGGGAACAACAAAUUGUAAUCCAGUCAUCUGGAGGUUUAUCUAAGGAAGAAAUUGAAAACAUGGUGAAAAAUGCUGAAGCACACGCAGAAGAAGACAGACGAAAGAAGGAUGUUAUUGAAGCAGUGAAUCAAGCUGAUAGUAUCAUACACGACACAGAAAGUAAAAUGGAGGAAUUUAAAGAUCAACUCCCCAAGGAAGAGUGUGAUAGUAUUAAAGAAAAGAUUACUAAAGUUCGAACACUUCUAGAAAAUAAAGAUAACGAAACCAUUGAAAAUAUUAAAGAAGGAACAAACGACUUACAACAGUCUUCACUUAAACUGUUUGAAAUGGCUUAUAAGAAGAUGGCUUCUGAACGUGAAUCACAGGGUGGCAGUAGUUCACAAAAUACAGAAAGUUCCGACAGUUCGUCUACUGAUGAAGCAAAAACCGAUGAGGAGGCUAAGAAGAAAGAAGAUAAAAAUUAAAUUCUGUUCAUUGACUCAUUGUUCAUCAUGUGACCAGAAAUUGCCAUAUAUGGAAGUUGUGACUUGAUCAUGUGAUUUAGUCAUGUGAUGUGUGUUUCUAUAAAUAGACUGAAAGGUGUCAUGUGAUAUCAUAUUGUAAUAUAUAUAUUAUUAAAUGUGUUUAAUAUUUGUAUUAUAUGUCCACAACCAACCACGCUAGUUUGAAUAAUAGUAAUUUUGUGAUUUUUGUUGACUGGAAUUUCAUAUUAGUGUGUAUGUAUGCCCUGAUUCUACAGACUUGGUGAUCCAUGCCUGAUUCUGAAUAUUCAGUGAACAGUAUGCAGAAACAUCCUAUCCAGGCAAAUUUCUCUCAUAGCACACUCUAUGGUAUCUGUCCAUCUUUAUUAGCCUGGUUGGUGCAAAAAAGUAAGAUGUUAAACCCCAUUUCAUUUCUCUUCAGAGUCUUGUGUACGUCUUCCAGCUCAUUUAGAUAAUUAAUGAUAUGUUACUGUCAGUAAUACUGUAUCGAAAUUGACCAAGUGUGAAUUUAAGAAAUAAUUAACAUGGGUAAAUAUAAAGACCAUUGUUUAGUUAGUGACAGCAAUACUGUAUAGAGGCGAUGUGAAUAGAGAAUAAUGAACAAUUGUGGAAUUAUGUCAGUAGUUUGAAGUUAUUGCAUGUUCUGAUAGAUUGUACUAGAUUCCAAUUUACUUGUAGGUAAGGCCACGCUAAAAAAAAUACCUGUGUUUAGGGUCGGUCCCAAAACCUUUAAUUUUUUUUUUUUUCUUAAGUUUGUAUUAUCUGUUUCCUAGCAUUUCUAGCUUAAUUAUUGAGAAACUACGCCAAAGCGUAGGGAAAUGAGAGAAAAAAGUGCAGGGUUGAUUUUGGGCUUUGGCUAAAACAAAUGAGGUUGGUCAGGUAACCGUAUGUAAAUACAGGUAUUUUUUGUAUUUUGGCCUAAUUAAUAUAUACAUAAUAUACAUGUUUGUGUGAGAUUUGUAAGACUGGAUUUCAUUGGUUGCGUGGUCAUGUAGUGAUAAAUUUAAAAUUGUUGAAAGUAAUGAUUUUUAAUAACCAUGAACUUUGCAUUUAUAUGAAGCAUAUCCAUUAUCACUUUGUAUCUAUGACCAUUUAUUUAAACAGAGACUUUAUUUAUUCAUAGACUAGAAGAUGCCUUAUGUAAGAUUUAGAUAAAAAGCUAAUUGUUUUUGCUAUAGUCACUCAACAAUGGAUAAUAAAAAAUUAAUGUAUUGAAAAUUUCAGUCAAAUUACUUUUUGUUUUGAGAGAAGUUAUGAGUGUUUGAAGUUUUAACAAUAUAGUCUUUAUUGUCAAGUACAAUUGUUACGUUAAUAAACAAAGUUUUGAUUUUCCUUUUUGAUAUUUAAUAGCAAAUUGUGUUUAAACAUGUUGAGGCCAAAAGAAAAAACUGUAACAGGUAGAAUUAAAUCUUACAUAAUGCAUCUUUAAUCAGUGUUAGAUUAUUGAGUUAAAGUAAUUAACUAGAUAAACCUAGUGAAAAGUGGUAAGUAAACUCUAACUUUUGAAUGCCUUGUACCUCUAUGCUCAAAACAAGGGAGGCAACCCAAAAAUGAAAAAUAGAGCAUUCUAUUAAUCCAAUGCAAGGUUAAAGUUUUUGGCAUUAGAUAUUGUGCUUUUACCUUGUAUUCAAUUACCAUUUGUUUACAAAAAUUGAUUUUCAAAAUUUUUAAAUUUAUUCAAAUGAAGUCUCUAGUUCAUUUGAUACUCUUUUUCACCAGAAUUUUUUUUCUUAUGACGUGAAAUCAAACAAAAGACAAUGUACAUCCACAGGAGUAAAGAUAAUUAAUGUAAAUUUA